CUAAAAUAGGAAGAGAUCACUGAGCCUGUGCAAGGUUAGUCUCUUGCUUCCUCCUUUGUACCUAUUCACACAUUACCGGAACGUUGCAAAGCUGAAAUAAUUCAUCACUUCUUUUGACAGUAUUGAAGAUGCAAGAUAUUCUGCUGCGAGUUUGUGUGCUGGCUCUGGGUCUCCUAACGAUGGAUGACCCCGGGUUUGAAGAGUGGGAUGAUACUGUCACAGUGGGCAUGCAGAAGCAUGAAGACAGGCUGCUAAGAGGAGGAGAGGAACUGGACCACCAAAUGACACCUGUCAGUGAGGAAAUAGCAAAUACUGACGAUGGUGGGCCUCUGGAUGACGUAAAAAACAUUCAGUCUGAUCAACAUGCGACUGGAAAAGAUAAAAUGUCAACCUUAGGAGAUGUGGCUGUCACCAAACAAGAUUCAGAGGAGGAUGAUCACAAGUCAUCAGGAGGGGGACAUUUUACGGCAAAUUCAGAUCCAAGCCAGCCACAAAACUCUGAUAGUGAACCUGAGACUGUUCUGAAGACUUCCCAAACUGACCAUGAGCAAAAUGGAAACAUAAAGAGUAAACAGGGAGACAACAUCCAGACCGAUGGCUCCUUUAGAGACCCAAGCAGACCACAUGGGCAACAAGGAAAACCUGAGGAGAAGAUGCUCAGCUCCAGCGAGAAAACUAGGGGCCGUGCUAGUCUUCUCUUUCUCUCAGAAAAUGGAACUUUAGUGAAGGCCAUCACUGACUGGGAUUUCCUCUGGUACAUAUGGAACACACUCUCCAUCAUUUUCACAAUACGCUUCUUGAGGAAAUACCUCAGGAGGAAUUCCCAAAUGAAACAAGGAGAAACCAGGGCCUUCGCUGUGAAAUGCUCCGCAGCUGAAGUACUGCUACCAAACAGCGACACUCUGCAGCGAUUUCAUUCUAAAUGGAUUCAAAUCUCAUCCAGUAACAAGUGGAAAGAUUUUUUGGAAGGGUUUGCAAACGAUCUACUGGAGGCCAUGAGGACUGUCUGUGAUAGAAAUGACGGUAUGGUGAUUGAGGACUUUCAGAUGGUGGAUGCAUGUGAUAUCAUCGUCCCCUUUGCCCCACCUGAUCCAUAUAGUUUCCAGCAUCUGCUGUGCAACUUUCAGGCGAAUGACCUGCUGCCAGAUAUGCAAGUCUGUGGUCAAAUCAAACUGGUGAAAAAUAAGAAAAUCCAAAAUGGCUGCCCCUGUCAGUCGCCUAAUUCAGAUGAUAUGGUGUGCUUGCUGCACUGUGAGAGUGAGAAAGUAAAGACAAAAAUCACUGAUGCUUGUGAUGACCUUCUUUGCAUGAAGAAGUCCUCGUUCCUGUCCAAAUCACAGGUCACCAGAUGGUUUCAGAGCACUAUCAAACAAGCAUGGGAUCAGAUUUCACAUAAGUACGAGUUUGAGCUGAACAUUCGCUACAUGGGUGCUCCAGGUGCUCUGGUAGUUCGGUUCAGAUCAGGGAAGAAGAUAAGCUUCAAUAUGAAUCCUGUGGUUAAAGUCAACACAGAUGCUCAUUUCUUCAUUACUCCUGGCUCCCCAAACAACUUGGAUACUUUCUGGGCGCUCUCCCUGACCAAGUAUGAAGAUCAGUUUUUAGAGCACAUCUCUAAACGCCUGCCUAAAGACUCAUGCCACAGUCAAACUCUUGACAUUGCACUUUUCCUCCACAAGAGACAGACAGCAUUGUCAGGAGGGAGUGAGCUCAAGGAGUUUCAUUUCAAAAUUGCACUAAUGCAUCUGCUUCUGGCCAAAGACCCAUCACAAUGGAAACCCAGCUAUUUGGCUUGUAGGCUACGAGACUUACUGGUCUUCAUGGAGAGAAGCCUGGAAAAGAAGCUGCUGCACCACAUUCUCAUUGGGAACCCUUUAACCCGGAGGGUUAUUGAACUUCCUGCUGAGUUUACUCAAGCAAAGGCUGUGAAUCUCUUCCAUCCCCUUGUGGUACAUAACUGCAUCUACAGAAGUGCUGUGAUGCAUUUCCAGGAAAUGCUAAGAAAUGCACACAUGCUUAUACAGGAUUAUGUUUAGUGCAGGCAAGGAGG